AUGCAUCCACUGGUGUCAACGGAUGUGCAGCUGCUGGCGAUAGGCGGCAGCGUUGGUCGGCGGACGGGAGAGAUGAGGAGCGGCGGAUCACAACGGCCAUAG